CGCGCACACGUAGGGAUUCCCAAACCUUUUUUGUCAGCCUGACAUUUUUCAUCUAAAAUAGGCCUAGUUACCUGAAGUACACCUGAGAUUUCAAGUAUUCAUACACCAUGCCAGGAAGAGCAGGUGGACUCGGUGGGUUUGCUCAAAUAACGGAGUGUUUGUACAUCGGCAACAGCAGAACAGCGAGCGACUCUUCGGUCAUUCAUUCACUCAACAUUACAUGUGUUAUUAACACAACUCUGGACGUGAGCAACACAAAGAUUCCCACUGUGGAUUACAUGCACGUGCCUGUCGCUGAUGAUCCUCUGUCCAGACUCUGUGACUAUUUUGACAGCGUUGCUGAUAAGAUACAGCAUGUGAGUGAUGAAGAUGGACGCGUGCUGCUUCACUGUAACGCAGGCGUCAGUCGCUCGGCGACGCUGUGUCUGGCGUAUCUGAUGAAGCACCGUCAUCUGACACUAGCAGAGGCGCACGCACUGCUCAAAUCACUCAGACCCAUAGUGAGACCCAACAGUGGCUUCUGGAGGCAGCUGAUCGAGUACGAGCAUAAAUUACAUGGCAAAAACACUGUCAGUAUGAUCAACUCGCCCCUCGGACACAUUCCAGAUCUGUAUGAGAGAGAAACAAUAGGCUUGAUUCCACUUUAGGAAAUUAAUUACAAACUGAUAUCUUGUGCUUCCUGUCAUUUCAUUCAUAUUUGAAUGACUUUUUACAUUUUUAUGGUUAAUUUAUGUAUUAUUUUUUUGUCUGAAUUUGUUGUUAUUUGUUAUUUAUAAUAAAGUUUUUGAUGAUGUG